CGUCGAACGACUUCAAUUCUCAAUUGCGCAUCAUGCUAGAAGAAGGUCCCCGUAGACAUCCCAACAAGCUUGCCUAGAACCAUGUCUCUCUUUCACCGCACACGCCAAACCCUCCGCACCCCCCAACUCCGCACCUUCCUCACAACCACCCCUCUCCGCUCGCAAGGACAGCAACCCACUAUCCUCUCCACCCUCCAACCUGACCUCAAAACCGCCCUCCGCUCAAAAAACAAGCCCCAACUCACCGUCCUCCGCGCCCUCCUCGCCGACAUAACGAACGCGUCCAAAACCAGCAAGCCCAUAACCACUGACGCAAAUCUCUACUCGCUCCUGCAAAAACAGAUAAGAGCCUCCAGCGCCGCACUCCAGGAAUUUCAGGCAGCGAAGAGACAGGAUUUAGUGGAUAAGGAGCAAGGGCAGCUGGACGUGCUGAAGCAGUAUGCGGAGCGGAUACCGAAGGUGAGCGAGGAGGAGGUAGACGGCGUGGUGAAGAGCGUGGUAGAGGAGCUGGGAAAGAAGGGCAGUGUGCAGGUUGCAAGGGCGACGGGGAUGGUGAUGGGCAGGCUGGGGAAGGGGGGGAUGCCGAUUGAUGUGGAGGUUGUGAAGAGGGGGAUAGAGGAGGUUGGUCAUAAGGAGGGGGUUGUUUUGGAGUCCGUUUGAGGUGGGGAUAGUGUGAGAUUCGGUGCUGUAUAUUGCUGUGUAUUAUGUAUGCCUGCUGUAUCAUAGAAGAGAAGCCGACUCGCGGGUGGGAUGUUAUGAAGAUCCUCCCUGGCGCAGCAUGUGCCCUCCUAUGUAUGCGCCAAAAACAUAGCAACAACUCUUUGGCGGCUCCAACAGCCGCUUGGGCGGCAAAUGCUUCCCGUCAGUAUACAAGGUCUGCGCCCAAGCAAAUAGAACGUU